AUGGCGGCGGCGGGCCCGAGUACUCGGGCCUCUUCCGCGGCGGCCGCGGCAGCCCUGAGUCGGCGAGGCCGCCGGGGCCGCUGUGACGAGACGUCGGCAGCGAAGACUGGAGCCCCGGGCUCGGCCCCCGGCCCUGCGCUGUUGGUGCUGCCGCCGCCGCCGCUGCUACAACCGCCACCAGCGGCGCGGCGGGAAGAGUCGGGCUGUGCCGGGUGCCUGGAGACCCCGGUGGAAGCGGCGGCCCUGCCGUGCGGCCACUCGUUGUGCCGAAGCUGCGCCCAGCGCGCCGCUGACGCGGCGGGCCCGGGCUGUCCGCGCUGCCGCGCCCGCGGCCCCGGCUGGGCCCGCCGUCGGGCCCGCGACGACGGCCAGGCCGCCGCGGAGGUGCCUGGCGAGCGCGCCCGCCGCGGCCAGCCGGAGCGCUGCCGCCCGCGCCGGGACGGGGGCGCGGCCGCCGCGAGGCCCAGGCCGGAGCUGGAGGCGCGCGCCGCGCCCGCGGAGCCAGAGUUUAUAUUCAGAGCUCCAAUCAAAUUAAGCAAGCCUGGGGAACUUCGCGAGGAAUAUGAAAGCCUGAGAAAGCUGAGAGAAGAAAAGUUACAGGAGGAAAAAACCUCUGAAGAUCAAAUCCACAAACUGUUAGCAGAGGAUACAGAAACAGGGAAGAAGAAAAUGGACGAGCAGAGGAAAAGAGAUGAGCCAUCAGUCCUGAAAGCAAACCCAGAGCGGUGUCCUGCGCGCCUCUCAGACUCAGAGAAUGAAGAACCUUCUCGUGGCCACUUGACCCAGACGCAUCGCUCGGCAUUUGUUUCCAAGACCAACUCCUACUCCUUAGCUUUCCUGGCAGGAAAGCUGAGCUGUAAGGUGGAGAGGAGCCAGAGCUGCAGCGACGCGGCUCAAGACAGAGUGAAAGGCAGGCUUCGAGCAGCCCCAGCCAGCAAGGCCAAGGUCACAACCAUAACUCCAGCUUCCAACCCCAUCAUCGGCGUCCUCCUGUCCACCCAGAACAACCGCUGCCUCUCGGCGCCUGACCUGACCGUCGAAAAGCGCCUGCCCUUCAGCUCGCUCUCCUCCGCGGCCCCCCUGCAGAAGCCGGAGCGCUCCAUCAGCCCCGAGAGCAACGACAGCAUCUCCGAGGAGCUGAACCACUUCAAGCCCAUCGUGUGCUCCCCGUGCACUCCUCCCAAGAGACUGCCUGACGGCCGUGUGCUCAGCCCGCUCAUCAUCAAAUCGACACCUCGCAACCUCAACAGAAGCCUGCAGAAGCAGACCUCUUAUGAGGCCAGCCCGCGGAUCCUCAAGAAGUGGGAACAGAUCUUUCAGGAGCGGCAGAUCAAAAAGACCCUUUCCAAAGCCACUCUCACCUCCCUGGCUCCUGAGACAGGGGAAGACUCACUGGGCUCGGAAGUUAUCCCCUGCAGCAAGGAGAAGCCGCCGCCGGCUGUGCGUGCCAGACCGUCCCCGGGGCAGGCGUCUCCCGAGCGCCCCGGACCCGCCUCCGCGGACCUGGAGGACUUCCCCUGUGCUGGCCAAACAAAAGCAGAACAGGGCAGUGCCUGUCAGAGGAGCACUGAGCCCCCGGUGGAAACCUCCUGUUCCUCGGAACACAGAGGGGCAGCCAGUGGGACUUCUCUGGACAGGGAGCAGUUCGAGGGGUCAGGGGCGACCCCCGAAGCCAAAGUAGACCAAACCUGCAGAAGCACAGCCCCUAGAGCCUCAGCAGUGAACUCGGUGCUGCCCAGAAGCAGUGCUUUGGGUGGGGUCCUCAAAACAAAGCAGCAGCUGAAGCCUCUGAAGCCUUCCGACCUGGCCAACGGCGUCCUGGCGGACAGCCUGGGCCAGGAGCCACUUCCUCCCUUGCGUCGGGGCCGGAAAAGACACUGCAAGACCAAGCACCUGGAACAAAACGGCUCCCUUAAGAAACUGCGAGCAGCCGGCGGGGAGGUGGGCCUGGCCCCCGCAGAGCCCGUGCUGCGGGAGCUGGAGCAGAGAGCGCGGCAGGAGGAGGAGGACCGGCGGCUGGCUCUGCGGCUGCAGCGCGUCUUCGACGGCGAGCGCCGGGCCGUGAGCCGGCGGAAGGGCAGCGUCGACCAGUAUCUCCUGCGCUCCAGCAACGUGGCUGGGGCCAAGUAGCCCUCCGUGAGCAGCGUUCUCUAGUUCAGAGCUCUCCGCCAGAGCCGAGCGUUCUCACGUAGGGUUUCUCUGGAUGGCCAAGCGCUGUGUAAGGUGGUUCUGAGCAGCUCCGGGGCCUCUGGGGUCCAGUCCAAGGCACCUGCAUCUCCGUUCCUUCUCGCCCGACCCAGCAGCACUCCUCAGCCCGAAAGGCCACCCCCGAGGGCGCCCAGGCCACCUGCGGCAGCACCCUUGGGGUGAGAUCUGGAAUGGCCACGUUAGCAGUGGUGGAGGAAAGAGGGGGGACUUUCUGAACGAACAGACCUUCUGACUCCUUGAACAGGGUGCUGUUUCAAAUCAGGCUCAUAGACGACAUUAACUGCAUCUUUUUCAAAGAAGUGGAACGGAUGGUUCUUUGGCAGAUCCACGCUGAGAGGCUGUUCUCUCCCUCCUCCUGCUGCCCCUUGCCACGAAUACAAGUGCCCCCCGAAGCAGCGGAGCACAUGCUUCUACAGAAGUGAGUGAAUGUAGGUUUUCUGUGAAAGCACACCGUGUGGCUGACGCCGCGGGCCCGGUCUUCCCGAGACCCACCUUGGGAGCAGUGUUGCCCAUGGCUGGAGGACGGAGGUGCGGCGCAGCCGUUCAGGUUCGCUCAGCUGCUACGUGACAGCCCAGCCUGCCCGCCAGGUCUCCUGACAAAUCCCAUGGAUUUUCCUCAGUGAUAGGUCUCCCAAAUGGGCUCCAGCCCAAGGCAUGGCAGGGGCACGUAGGGAAAGCUGGCAGGGCCCUGAACACUGACAACGCAGACUCCACGUGCAGGCAGCUGAGACGGAUGAGACAAACACAAACCGUGCCCUUCUCCCCUCCCACCACAGCUCACAGCCCUGCUUCCCGCUGGGGUCCAGCCUGGGAGGCAGAGGGCAGCGGGCCUUCAGUGUUGUUUUCCUCGUGGCCAACGGUUCUCUACAAUGUUGAUCCCAAAUCCUAAAAGUUCAACCUGAAGUCAGGCGAAGAACAAUGCUGAGCCUCAUACUGUGGAAACGAGGCAUCUAUCUGGAUGCAGCUGGUAAAUUGAGUCCCAUGGACCUGUGGGGUUUAUUUUCCUUAGCAGCCGACACCAUGUGUCUUUGGCAUCCCUGGUGGUGCUUGGUGCUUCUGCCCAUCUGGGCUCAUUGAGAAUAGGGAUUGAGAUGAUUUCUGGGAGUCUCAGGUGGGCUGGCAUUCCUGUGUAUAUAUGACUGUUAUGAUAAAGUCACAUGACUGGCAUUUUCCCAGGCCUCCCAGAGCUUCUGUAUCCCAGUGUGUGUUGUCCUCCUUGAGUAGCCUCCUCAGGAUACCACAUGGUUUUCCCCGUGAUGUUACUGCAGGGGCAAACCUUUCUGGAACUGUCUUCAAUGUCUAGAACCUCCUGGAGAUGUAGACCCUCCAGUGUUACACCUGGAAGGGAGCUUAGUGGCCAUCCACCCAGCACCUCCUCUUGCCAAGGCAGCGGCUGAGGUCCGGCACAGGGAUGCGCUGGUCACUACAGCACCACCUUCUUUCAGUUCUCACAUUUGCCCCCUUCUUCUCAGGGUAGAUCGUUUAUGUUGUGGGGCUAUCGGAGGGAGGAGUGUAAGCCCAAAACGCUCCUGAAGCUGUCUGAAGAAAGGCCUGGAGGCGUGGCAGAGGCUGCUGGGAAGCCAUCAGGGCCAUUUCCCACACAGCUCACAGUUCCCAAAGAGAAGCUCCAGAGGUGUCUGAGCAUUGUGGCCAUCACUGAGAUCCGUGGGGUCUCCUCGGUGACUACUUUGGUGGGGAACAAACCUCACUCACCUAAGCCUGUGUAUUCUGUGUGUGUGUGUGUGUGUGUAUGUUAAAAAGCAACACAUCGAUCUCAUUACUUUAUAUUCAUACCACUUCAGUUCUAGGUCCUCCAGCACCUCAUGGCCCACAAGGGCUGCCGGAGGGCAUGGUGUGUGCACAAAGAGCUGUGGCGGGUGGGCGGGCAGGCGGGUGGCCUCCCCAGAGGCCCUCAGAGAAAGCCCGCUGGUUACCACCGUUUCUCAUGUUGCCUUUUCCACCUUGGUAAAUGUUGUUGAAAGGCUGGGAGCAAAGACUUACUUUUCCACUUGCCACCUUUCUGUACGUCUCCAAUAAUCUGAAAAAUACCUUUUCCGUUGGAAUGGAUUUUUGUUUUUGGUAAAAAGAUGAAACAUUUUUAAUAGAUAAAAUAUAUUUUCACUAUUUCCCCCAAGUGAAUGCUUUCAUUUUAAACAAGUGCGCAGCAGGAACAGGAGCAGUGACAGCUCCUUCCUGAUGUGAGCGUCGCCGGUGCUGGCCUGCGGCAGACUUGCCCCGCACCCUGGCUGCCUAGGAGGGACGGCUGUCGCUUCCAGCCCCUGCUCGGGCAGUGAGGACGCUUUCAGGCAUUCCGGGCGGAGGCGCCCAGGGCAAGGGGUACAGGUCUUCACUCCGCGUGGGUCUGGAGGAGGCAAAGCUGACUCAAGUCUUAUCUGACCUUUACGAUGUUUUCUGUAAACCAAACCAGAAUGUUUCUUCUGUGUGCAAAAUGCCCUCCUCUUGUCGCUGGGCUGUGAGGCGAGGUAGGUCACGGACCGAGUUGCGGGCCCGGAUUCUCUGCAGGGAAGAGAAUGACGGAAAGGAGGAGGAAAACGGAAUCAGGAGGGCCUGUGAGCUGGAGUGAGGAACAUUCCACAGAGCGCCGCGCCUUCUCAUGGAUCGCCGCCGCGCAGCUCGCCUUUCAGAGCCCCCGUCCUGCUCGCUCCGCUCCUUGUACACACGCAGCUCUGGGAAGGUCUGAGGGGCAGGCAAGGGGACAUCAUUCUGCUGGGAAGUCCGGGGUACGAGGAGCCCUCCGGAGGCAGCUCCUCACCCGCUUCCCCGGGCUCAGGGCUGGAAAGGCGCUUUGGGACGACGUAAGAAGUCAGCCAGGCCUGCUGGGCUGGGUUAAGUCAGGGGUUCCCGUGAGCCGCCCCCGGCCCCUCUCGUGUAACUGCCUCCCUGUUGACAAGAGACUGACACGGCUUGGCUGAGCUGGCCAGGGAAACCUUACAAAGUGGCUUCGUUUUGUUUUUUAAUUUUAAAAUGUCUGCCUGGUGGGAGCACUGGUGAUGAAUGCUUUUGGUUCAUUUUUCCCAAGGAAAAAUGCCCCUAAGCAAUUAAAGCUGCUUGACUGGUUGCUGUCUGUUGACAUCCGGAGAACUGACCAAGGGGAUGUGCCCACGAGCUCGCCCGUGCCGCUGGGGACCAAGGCUCUCGGUCCUUUCUCUCUGAUCCGACAAACAGGUCCUGAACUUCGAACCUGUGGCAACUCUGAGUAGCCAGGAGCUUCCUGUAUAAUGGAGUGGACAGGAGCAUAUGUGUGGCUGGGGAGCUGGCCAUUCUGGAAUGCUCACAGCAAUGCUCUCCCAUGGUCCCCUGUGGGACGUCCAGCGCCCAGCAGGCUGCCUCGUAACACUUUAGAGACCCUCGUGGGGAUCUGUCAGUUUGAUUCUGACACUGACCCUGCUUUCCAUUCCCUAAGUAAUUUGACCAGGGGAGAAAGAAUUUUUUCUGUAGUGGUCACAGAGCACUAAUGUCUCUCCAGGAGCUGCUUUUAGCUCAAGCCCCAAGAAACGAGGCAGACUGUGGAUCGCAGACAUGGUCGGAGGCAGCCGCACCUCGAUUACGUCACCUCCCGACCUCUCCCCCAUGCCUCAGCAGAGCUGGCAGGGCCUGGGCCUGCUCUCCCCUUUCCUGCCUGGCUUUUUAUUGAAAUGGAAGGCAGUAGAGGGGAAGAGAGACAGGAUGGGGCACAGUCACAGAAUGGGACAGCUGGGCUGGCAUGGAGAUAACCCACAUGAAACUUUCCCCACCCUUCUGUUUUUAGCAAAUGAUCCAGUGCCCAACUGCCUGUUUUAGACUGUAGCUGUCUAGGGUGUGAACAAUUCUGUAAGUCACACACAUACAUGGUUUUUUGAAAGAGGCAUACCCAAAUGAUGUAGGAGGCAUUUGAACAGCUUUUUUCCCCACUUUUUAAAAAAUGAGAAUUAAAAUGUCCCUAUAUCUCCUAACUACACACUCAGGUAGUGGAAACCCCAUGACUGAGCCACAUGGAUGUGGAGCUGGGGAAGCGGUAUAUUUUGAUUGGAAGAACUGUCCUUUUAAUUACCCAGGGUUCAAAGCCAGCCAGCUCCCCUUUGUUCUUUGCACACUGGACCCUCUUGAGCAUCUUCAGUCUUUCUCAGCCAUCCCUUCCCUCGCACGUGGUGGCCUUCUGGCCUGGUCUUUGGCGUGAACACAGAUGGCUGGGAAUUCCUGAAGAGCAGAUAGGUGGGGCAGCAGAAGGAAGGGUGUGCCUGUUACCCACGCAUACCUGUUACCCACAGUGGCUUUUCUGACGGUUGUGCUGUGGAGGAGACCUGGAGAUGGGCAGGGGUGCUGGUCCCGAGUCACCCAAGAGGUAAGGGGGCCAUGCUGAGACUGCAUGUGCAGA